AUGACACAUGCCACACGAGCCUGGGCAGCCUCUAUUACCCACCUACACGCUCCACAUUUCCAUACUCAAUGGUUCACGGCGCACUGGGCCGCCCUCCGCCGACACUGGCAAUCCACAUGCACGACUAACGUGGACCACAUACGGACCGCAGGGGAACUACCCCUCCUCACAGAGGUUAACAUUCUGCUCAAACGCCGUUACCAUGAUACCGCCCCCAUGGGCCAUGACCGACGCAUCCGCGCCCGCAGAACCCACCUCACAGCCAAGACGCUCCACUGGCACUCCCGAAGACUCUCUUUACUACCACCCGCCAUCCCCAUGGGCUACGCCGACCCGACACUCCGGCCACAACGACUUCCCCCGGACCCCGAGAUACACCUCCAGCGGCUUAAGCACAUUCCUUUUACCCUGGAGCCGACACAAAUAGAAGUGAUGAGCCAGACGGAUCGUAUGGUGCCGCCUUCACCCACGUUCAGGCCUCUGUGA